AGAAAGUGUACUGGCAUCGUGAUCACUGAGUCUCAUGCUUGCGAACUUGCAUAGAGCCUUCCUGGGACCUGCCAAGUGACAAUUCUGGACCUUCCGGGUGAUGCAUAGCACUAGACAUUGAGCUAGUGAACGGUACUCGGUCUUUAAGCGGAGGUAAAUUAACUUUCCAGGGAUCCGACAUGCGUAUAUCCCUUGUAAAUACGCGAUGUUGCGCUUAAAUACCAAAGCCUGAUACCGCGGAAAGAUACGGGCUUACUUCCUCGCAUCUCAUGAAGACGAUGCACCGUGCUGGCACCUUAUCAUGGUCACCACCUUGACAGAAGGGUGUUUUCUAAUCCUUAGCGCUUACACACAUCAUACAUAAUCGCAUUAUCGCCGCUCAGGCCUUCCACGUUACACGAUGUGAAGCUCGAGUACUGGUACAAGAAGCGGUCGGCUCCCAGAAAUGCCAAGGGUUCAUAUAAUAGGUCACCAUAUACGACGACAGAAAGCCAAGCCCUCGGUUCAGUUACCCGUCUAACCUGGAAGACGUUGUCUAUCUCCACGGCUGCGUGAUUCUCGUGAACGCAAUCUCUGUACUGUCCCUCGCGGUGGCUAGUCAUUGCGUGCUUGUUACCGCUUAGGUCGACGAUUAUGGGAGAUUCUAAAAGCUUCGCCACGCUGGUAUAAGAGGACAUGUAUCAUCUGUCUUUACACCCCGGUGUUCGUAUUCACAGCCCAACUGUUGAUAAUCUACUGGAAAUAACGAAAAGAUGCUCGCUGCCGCAUCUAAGUCUCGACCUGCACUGGUCGCCGCACGUUCAUCUUUCCAUGCGAACCAGAGCACCAGUUCUGCCAGAGCGGCAUCAACGCUCACAACCGCCGCUGAUAUCUUUGACGCUCCAGGCCGCAUGAUCUUCGAUAGCGAACAGCCGACAAGCCCGAGCCUCAGUGCCGCACGACGAUAUUAUCCGUCACACUUUCGUCCCAUCGAGUCGCAAUCGACUGCAGCGUCGGAUUCACCGUCACCAACUUCAGGCCCCGCUACACAUAGGAGUCAGUCAACUCAGCAGCCUUAUGGUCACGUACACGCAGCGCAUGCUCGCCAGAUGUCCACCGUUGCUCAUCAGCGAAUUUCGAACGACGGGUCAACAGUUAUAUUUGACGGCCCCGCUCGUCCGCGUAACCCGCCUCGCGUCACUACACGACAUGAUCACUCGCGCCCCUCGUCUACCAGCGCUGCGUCUCUGAAUGCUUCGGGGGGCGUUGACAUGAUUCCACCGAUACCAUUACCAGAACCGCUCGUAUUUGAUGGACCUGCGCAGCCACGCCGCCUGAUACCCGUUCAGAUCAGGAAGUCUUCGCAGAACGGUGUGAAUGCCAGUUCCGCCGCUGCUGUCGGAGCGCUGGCUGGUGUCGUUGUUCUUGGCAGCGCCUAUGAGGUGUAUGAAGCUCAUCAGGACUCACGUUCUACUCCAAGGAACGUCUUCAGCUACUCCCGUUCACGCGAGAGCGUCUCGACUCAUGUGCCGACAUGUGAACCGGAAGAGGAUACUGAUUCGAAGCAUGAAGUGCUGCGCGAUGAAAUUCUCCCGACCUUAUUUUAGGCGUGGUGUACUGUGCAGAACGAUAUAUCCUCAGGCCAGCUACCCCUCUCACGAAACAGAAAAUUGAUUCAUGGCUGGGCCGUCCGAAUUCCGUGUCGUCCUUUUUCUUUCUCCUCUUUGUUGAUAACUGAUAGAUAUAGACUGUAUGUGGAGGAACGUGUAAUUAUGAAAUCACUGAAAUAGGCAAGAUUCCUCAAUUUUGUAUUUGCAAUAUUUUGUUUUGGAAAUGUAUGUCGAAGUCUAGAAAAUCAUUCC